AGCUCUUAGAGUGUCACGGUGGCUUCAGCAUUCCGCCUCUCUUUGAAACCAAAAGUCAGUGACAGUAUGACUCAUAUGAUGGUGGACUUCACCCUGGAAAAGCAGAUGCUCCAAGCUGUGAAGUUUUUGCCAGUCCCUAAUGCUCCAGAGAUAGAUGUAGCAGCAUGUCUGGUUUCUGACAACUGCAUAACAAUGUCAUCGAGAAUGCCUGAGGAGGACAGCAGAAUUGAUCAUUUUGUGCUGGAGUAUAGGAAAACCAACUUUGAUGGGCCCCCAUGACUAAAAGGGGAGCAGCGCUGGGAGCUGGUUGACUACAUUAAAGCUACUCAAUACACAUUAUCAGGUUUGAAAUUUGAUACAAAAUACAUGAACCUUAGAGUGCAAGCUUGCAACAAAGCAGUGGCAGGUGAAUACUCGGACCCUGUGACUCUGGAAACCAAAGCAUUUGUGUUCAGUUUGGACAGUACUUCAUCUCAUCUGAACUUGAAAGUUGAAGACACCUAUGUUGAAUGGGAUUCUACUGGAGGCAAAAGCCAAGAAAAAAUAAAAGGGAAAGAAAAUAAAAACAGAAGCAACACAGCGUCUCCGAAGAGAUCCACUAACAGCCCAAGAGCCUCGGCGAGGGGCAGCCGGGAUCGCUUUGCUGGUGAAUCCUACACAGUGCUGGGAGACACUGCUAUUGAAAAUGGACAGCAUUACUGGGAAGUGAGAGCCCAGAAGGACUGCACACAAUUGACCUCUCUUCCGAACACGCCACGGCCGCCGCGGGCAGUUCACCGGUUGGGAGCUUUUCCGGACACUUUGCGAUCUGUGUCGCCGCGAGCGACAGAGCGGCGAGCGGUGCGAAAAAACCGCCACGCAGGCUGUCAGCUCCGUGGAGAGAAGCUCUCGGACCGCGCUGGUGGUGGGGCACUCGCCCUUCCACACAACCCGGCAGGACUGCCACCGCGGGGACAGAGGCGCCGAUUUCUGUCCUGCACUGUGUCCGUGGAUGCGGACGGGACCUUCCUAACACCCGGAAGACUGUUUGCGGAGUCGGGAACCGUUGCUGCAGUGUGUUUUCUAAAGAACGGCGGUGGGUAA